AUGGAUAUAGCAGGCCUGCAAGAAACUCACGCGUCAUUGACUGCGCAGAUUGCUGCUGCGGAGUCUCAGCUAGCAAACCUCAAAGAAUCUCUCCAUGCCACGGAAAAUCUGAUACGAUCCGCCAAUGGAGCUCGGACUGAAACUUCCCCGCAGAAAUGGCCACUCUUGGAGGAUGAAUACAGGCGAUAUGGGCGCCAAAUGAUAGUUUCGCAGAUUGGGCUACAGGGCCAACUCAAACUCCGUUCGUCGUCGGUGCUUCUCGUUGGUGCUGGAGGCUUAGGAUGCCCUGCUGCUUUGUAUCUCGCUGGGGCCGGUGUUGGAACACUAGGCAUGAUUGAUGGAGACCAGGUCGAAGAAUCAAAUCUUCAUCGCCAGGUACUACAUCGGACCAAGAACGUUGGGAAGUACAAGGUGGACAGCGCGAUUCAAUACCUUGAAGAACUUAACCCCCAUCCGACGUAUAUUGCUCAUCGUGAACACCUCUCCUCCCAGAACGCGCCAGAUAUUUUCGAGAAAUAUGACGUGAUAUUGGACUGCACGGAUAAUCCUGCUACACGGUAUUUGAUAUCAGACACUGCAGUUAUUUUAGGGAAACCGGUUGUGUCGGCUUCAGCCCUGCGCACAGAUGGACAGCUCAUGGUGCUGAACAAUCCUCCCAAUGCACCAGGAGAUUUGUCUGGGGGCCCUUGCUAUCGAUGUGUCUUUCCGAAACCUCCGCCGGCGGAAAGCGUUGUUAGCUGUGCAGAUGGAGGAAUUAUUGGUCCGGUAGUCGGCACAAUGGGUGUGCUACAAGCUCUAGAAACGAUAAAGGUCAUUACCAAACAGCCAGUCGAAGAGACGCAAGAGCCCACCGCCAGUGACCACCCUGCGCUCCAUAUUUUUUCAGCCUAUAGCAAUCCUCCGUUUCGCACAAUUCGUCUCCGAGGCCGACGCGCAAACUGUGCGGUUUGCUCGUCAAAUGCAACUGUCACACUACACACCUUGCAGUCUGGCUCGACCGAUUAUGUGCAGUUCUGCGGAUCCGCAUAUCCUCCUCAGCUUCUAUCUGCCCAAGAGCGAAUUUCAGCCGACGAAUAUAAGCAAAUUUUGGAAACCAAGCAAUCCUGUACUGUCAUCGAUGUGCGCGACCAAACCCAAUUCGGCAUAUGCAAACUUGAAAAUAGUAUCAAUAUUCCCAUUACCCAGCUCAUGAAUGAAACUGCUACAACAAACGUCGAUGUCACAGAACGCCUGCGGUCUUUGCUUCCUCCAAAUACCCCAGCAGUGGACGACAAGGAUCCGAUUUACUUCGUCUGCCGGCUAGGUAAUGAUUCCCAACUUGCGGUCCAAAAGUUCAAAGAGCUAGGUCUCGACCGAAACGGCGAACGAUUUAUCGGGGACAUUCGUGGGGGUUUUAAAUCAUGGAAAUCGGACGUUGACCCUGAAUGGCCAGAGUAUUAA